UAAGCAGCGAGAGCGAGAAAGAGAAAGAGAGAGGGAAGCGCGUCAGCUGUUCAAUGUUUUGGCGCACAGGUUUUGCCGUACUCGCAGCUUCGUUCUUCGAUCAGUUCCGUUUGUGGACUGGAAACCGCUCGUUCUGCGCUGCCUUCUGCAAGUUCCAUUAUUCGCCCUCCGAUCCGCGUGCGUUUUUCGAUCUAGUAGUUACGUUUCCACUACUGACGUCUCGCUCUGACGUACAUACCCCCCGCCGCCACCCACUUUUGCGCGCGUGUGUGUACGCGAUUAUUGUUAUUAUUGUGCUUUGUGACGCAUAUAACGGCAAAAGCGGGGCGUGUUUGCCAUUAGAGAAGCUCCAAUCCGCUCCGGAAAAAAGCGCCAAUCGGACAGGUGUCGAUGAAGUAAACAAAUCAAAGAUUUUCUGUACAAGUAGAGCUUUAGUUAGCAAUUUAAUUAAGAUACCAGAUCUCUGAAGUUAUUAUUAAACGUGCUAAACACACGAAAUACCAAUCUCAAUCUCAUUUGAACCGCGAUACCGUUUACAGAGCGAUGGAAAAUCCCCAACUAUUCGAAAAAAGGGCCAGCAUUUAAUUACCACAGUUUCGCCAGAGACAUUCAAAAUCCAUUAAAUGUGCCCCGUGUCGGCUUCGAAAUAAAUGUGUCCAGCUCAAAAGUGAAAUAUUAGCAUAGACAUCUACACGGCGGCACCUGGUGAAAAUGAUGCUGAAUAAAUACGAGGGAUACCAACGCACAAGCCAAAUGUUUCCCCACCACCAGCAGCAUCAGCUGAACCAACUGCCCCAAUUGCAGCAGCAGCAGCAGCAAUUGCAGCCGCAGCAUCAGCUGCCCCAGAGCUUCCCGCAUAUGCAAUAUGGAUCGGUAGGCGGAUCAGCCGAAUCCACGGCCGAUCUCCUCAAGGCGGAGCGGGAAUCCAUACACUCCGGCCAGUUCAUGGUCUCGCACUUCGAGGCCGAGGAGGCGCAGGACGACCUCGAGGACGAUGGCGAGGUGAAGAUGCUCGAUCCCGAGGACCCCGGUCUGGGAAAGCCGGGCGAGCCGGCCAACACAUGUCGCGAUGUGCAGCUGUAUGUGCCCCAGACGGUGGCCAACUUCAGUCCCAUGGACCAGGAGGGAGACGAGAACAGCAUGAGCAUGGUGACCUCCCAUUUGGAGAUAGAGACAUCCCUCACCAAACUCUUCAAGUGCAUGAAUCUGGCCUACAGUCAAAAACUCACCUCGCCCAAAUGGAAUCAUUUCAAAGGAGUUCGUCUACGUUGGAAGGACAAAAUUCGACUCAACAAUGUCAUCUGGCGUUGUUGGCACAUGCAAUUCAUUCAAAAGCGCAGAACCCCGGUGUGUCAAUUCGCAUCGCCGCUGGACGUUGACAUACAUAGUAAUCCUCAAACUGUUGUUCUUGAAGGCAAGUACUGGAAACGUCAUUCAGCAGUAAUCAAAGCUGAGUACAGAAAAUGGCGCAGAAACUAUAGAUCAAAGGCUACGGGCUGCUUAACAUACGAUUCGAAAAGCGAGUUGGACUUCUUGGAAUGGUCGCCGCUUAACGAUAGGGACUUGAUGCCAGCUGAUUGGACAACGGACACCUUGUUCUCGGCCAUAAAUGUUCCAUUUCCUUUUCCUGAUUCCCGGGAAAUUGCACGCGGCGCUGGUAUCGCGGACUUCAUACAGCCCAGUCUGGGACCUCUGCAACCGAAUUUAGAUGACAUCGACCUGAGCUUCUCAGACCUAAUUCAAACCUCACGCUUGCCACCCGUCCCAGAAGAGGGAACAGAUGCAGAUAUGCUCAAGAACGACGAAUACUGCCUGACGGCGAUUGUGGGCGCUCCCCACACACUCUACUGCAACGACAGCAUAAUGGAUGUGGUCAACAGCAGUAACAGUGGGGCCGGAAAUGUGGAUGCCAGUAUGCUGGAGCUCAACACGCCCAUCAACAACAUGUCGUACGGCGAGGUGGAGCAGCGUUUCUCCGUGGCGCGACAGGUGCAGCAGUCCGCAAACGAUUCUCAGCUUCUCGGUGACCCGAACUCAAUGUCCGGCCGGAUACAUGGAGGCAAGCACUUUGGGUCUGUCGGCGGCGCCAGCGACAACAGCAGCAAUAGGUGCGUGAUAAACGGCCGCGUGGCCAAGAGCACCCAGCGUCCAUUCCGCCGGGAGCCGCAUAACUACGACAAGGCUCAGCCCACGCUGCAUCAGACGAACCUCUACCAGCAGAUGUUGGCCGAACAGCAAAAGAACCAGCAGCAACAUGUCGUCGGCGGCGUUGUCUUGCCGGGCGCUUUUCAGUCAGCGCAGCAGCAACAGCAGCAGCAGCAACAGCUUACGCAACAGCAACACUUUCCAACACAACAGACAAAUGCCUUCAAUAACCAGAGUUUCAUGAGCAGCUACACGGACAACUAUCAGCAGCAACAGCAUCAGCAACAACUCAACGUCAAAGUGGAGCCUUCGCAUGCCGAUGUCUUGUCAUUACUAAACGAUAGUGCAUACAACUCUAUUGCCUACAAGCCCUAUCCGCAGUUUAAGAAGUCUGCCUCGACGGGAACCUUUCUCAAUGUGCCCCGGCUGCCGCAGCAGCAGCAGCAACAGCAACAGAGUUACCUGCAGCCGGAGCCAUUGCAAAUGCAGCAGUCGCUGCCCUUGGGGCUGAGUACUCAGCAACUUUUGCAGCUUUCCCGCCAGCAGCAGGCUACCAACACACAACAACAGCAGCAGCAGCAGCAGCACCAAUCAACGGUGGUCAGUUUGCUGCAACAGCAACACCAGCAGCAAAGCCAUCAGCAGCAGCAGCAAUUGCCGACUGCUGUUAGCACAGCCACUUGGGUGUCGCCGAAUACCGUUUUGCCAAAAGAAAUCCAUCGCUCCAACAGCUUGCCCCUGAACGUAUCGCUGAAUAAGCUGCCCGAUGGUCGGCAACACGUCCAUGAACAACCCUUCGCAGUGCCCAAGUACCAUGUGAAGGGCAAGUCGCGGGUUCGCAGCAAUUCGAUGCACCAGCAGCACACGUCGGUGGUGGCCGCAGCAGGAGCGGGAGCGGGAAACUCUCCGUUAAGCGCACACAGUUGCAGCAACCUGCUGGUCACUCAGCAAAUGCAGCAGGCCACCAGCGAUCCCAUGCUGAAUAGCACACUGGCACAGUUGCUCACUUCGAAUUCACGUCUGCAAUCAGCCGUGGCGAACAGUAUGCCAGGAAAUUCAUCUUCCGCCAGUGCCAUAGUCACCACCAGCAACAGCAGCAACGUUUCUCCGGCUCUAUAUGCUAACGUCACAACGCCGCUGUCGGUGCCGGUGCCAACGCAGCAACACUCACCAAAGAAGUCCGCCUCAUUGCCCAUGGCCAUCAAUCCGGCACUGCACAGCCCCCCCGGCGGGAGUAAAAUGCACAGCUUUGGACCCAAUACGGCUAACCUGGGCAGCAGCAGCCUGAGUUUGUCACCGGACUCGCCUUUCCACGAGUCGCAGGACUCCCCACUGUCGCCCACGGCCAGCCUCAAAUACCAGCCGAGGGACACACAGCGGCGGGCUGGUCACAUACAUGCCGAGCAGAAGCGGCGAUACAACAUUAAGAACGGGUUCGACACCCUGCACGCGCUUAUCCCACAGCUUCAGCAGAACCCCAAUGCCAAGUUGAGCAAGGCAGCUAUGCUGCAGAAGGGAGCGGACCACAUAAAGCAACUGCGACAGGAGCGCAACGUGUUAAAGGAUAAGAUAGAGGCGCUGCGAAUGGAGCGGGACGAGCUAAACAACUCGCUAACGCACCUUCACUCCAUUCUGCCUGCAAAUGGGGCGCCAGUAACGAGGCAGGGAACAGAGCACGUUCGGCAGCUGUACGAGAUUUUUGUGCGGUACAACACGAUGAACGACUGGAAGUUUUGGAUUUUGGGUCUCAUUCUCGAGCCUCUGCUUGCCUCUUACACGUCAACAGUCUCGAGCGCCAGUCUUGACGAGCUGCGUCGAACCGCCUUCCUUUGGGUGGAUCAGCACUGUUCUCUUAUUGAUCUGCGUCCUGCUGUUACGAAUAAAUUAAAGUACCUAUCUAUGCACACGGAUAUCGUGUCAGAGCCACCCAGCACAUUGCAAGAGGAGGUGGCCAAGGCCCUUCAGAACUCAAGUGGCCAGCAUCCCAACCUACAUGGCCCCUAACCGUUGAUGCUGUUGCCCGUGAUAUGAAUUUAUUUAAUUCAAUCUUUAUUUUAACAAUUAACUUCAACAAAUUGUGCAGCACUAAUUGUACAAAAUGCAAAUAAGGCAGAUUUUUAUACUAUAGAUUGGCAGCCCGCAAAUGGAUAGAUACGCAGAGCAGCAAUUAGUGCCUACAAUCUUUGACUUAAGCGUAAAAUAAACUAACGAUUUUACAAGUUUUUGACAUGA